CUCAAAACCCCUCUCAUCAUCACUCUCCUCCUCUUCCUCCUCCUCCUCUUCUUCUUCUUCUUCUUCAUCCUCCUCCUCAGACACAUCCAACUCUUCUCGGAUAUCCUGAAGAUUACCAUCAGCCUCCUGGUCCGCCAUCCUUAUCCUUCCCCAGCUACAAGAAACACCAAAGAGAGCUCGUCUGUCGUUGGGCCGAGAUGAAGCUGCACUGCGACGUUGAAGUUGUAAAUCGGAUGUUGCCCACAUUUGGGGUCAAAAAUAAAGGCAGAGGAUCCAGAGCCGUGCUGUCUAUCGGGAAACAAGUGGAUAAAAACACACAGAGGAUUAGCGUUUACUUAUUAAUCUGCACAGCAAAAGACAGAGCUGGAUCCAAGUAUAAGCUGAAGGAGAAUAUAGAGAAGUUUUUCACAUGCUUCGUAGAAGAGGGAAAAGCCACCGUACGACUCAAAGAACCAAUGGUGGACAUCUGCUUGAGCAAGGCAGAUACCACCAGCUUGAAAACGUUCCUUUCAGCUGCUCAACUUGCGCACAGAGGAACCGUCCGAGACGGCCUCGCCCUCUCCACACUUACCCCUGUUCGUGCCAGAGAUGUGGAGAAACCCAAAAAGAAGCUCGCCAUCAUGUCCAAGAAGGACUAUCCCCUCACAUCUAGCUUCCCCUACUCUCUGGAGCAGCUGCAAGUGUCUUACUGCAAGCUAUCCAGGGUGGACAUGCGCAUGCUGUCUCUAAAAUCACUGCGGACGCUCGACCUCAGCAAUAACCACAUCAAGAAGCUCCCAGACACCAUCGGUGACCUCUGUUUCCUGACAGAACUGAUUCUCCACAACAACCACUUGGAGAGGUUCAGUGAAGCACUGUGCCUCUCCAGUCUCCAGAAAUCUCUGCAGCAUCUGGACCUGAGCCAGAACCACCUAAAGCUGCUGCCUGCUUGCUUUUGCAAGUUGCGUGAGCUUGUCAGCCUCAAACUGGACGACAAUGAGCUUGUACAGCUGCCCUUUCACAUAGGCCAACUUGCCAAGAUGCGUUUCCUGUCAGCUGCCCACAAUAAACUCACUGUGUUACCCGGAGACUUCCGCAAGCUGUCACUGGAGAACCUGGACCUUUUCGGGAACCCCUUUGCUCAGCCCAAUCCUCUCGAUCACAGCAUUCAGCUCACAUUACCUCUCACGCUGGAGGAGUUGGCCUCUCGAGCUGCACUCAAUUCUAGAAUCCCUUAUGGACCUCAUCUCAUUCCCUUCCACCUUUGUGGCAACCUGGAACUGGCGAAGGUGUGCAGCUGUGGCUGCACCUGUGUGAGCUCCUACAUACAGACGGCCGUGAGCAUGAACCUGCACCAGGUCUCUCACACUGUGGUGCUAGUGGACGACAUGGGAGGCACAGAGGCUCCCAUUCAGCGCCAUUUUUGCUCACUCAUAUGUUACUGCCAGUUCCUAGACGGCUGUGUACAGAGAGGCUUGAGCUGAGAAGACUCUAACAUCCUUGAGAGAAGAAGCUCUUGCUAAAAGGUCCUGUUGACAGCAGCUCUAACAGCAGUUCCCAUACUCACACAGAGAACUCUUCUAAUCAGCAGUCCGGGUUGCUGUGGUGUAUCCAGGUUCUGCUUGUUUGCUACAGUUGACCUUGCCACAGCGAUAAUGGAUUAGCUCCAAGUCGGUGUUAACCCAUCAAGAAACAUGACCUGGCAUAUGAAGUACCUUGUGGUCUCAUAGUCACAAUUGGCUAUUAUUUUUAUUUCAGCUUGACACUCUAAGAAAGUUACAAGGUUUAUUCUUCAGCAUUAUUGUUUUUCUGUGUUGGAGAUGCAACAAAAGAACUAUCGGACCGUUUUAAAGGCAGAUUCAUGAUUAGCAAAACAAGGUUGUGUUAUGAAUUGGUCCAUAAUUGUCCAUGAUUUUAUGUAUGGAACUGGUGUUCUUUGGAUUUUCGUGUAUUGUUGAAUAAAUUAACAUUUUUAAAGUACCAAAUCGUUAAUUUCAUAUUAUGUUGAACAGAUUGCCAGACAGUUCAUCUCAUGACAUACUGUUCAUCCCCUUGGAGUGGUGAGAAAUGGAACAAUUGAUUUUAUAUUUUACAUUUUAAACCAGGAUUUUAUGUACUGUACAUUUAAGAGUGCUUACUGAAAACCCAUGGCUUGAAUAUUCUAUAGAAAUAGAGUCGGUCAGUUGUUUUCUUUAACAGGGUUCCUACACAUUUCAGAAUUCCAUACUUUUUCCAUACAAAUUCCCAGACUUCACAGUAUGUUUUUCAGACCAUGUUUGACAUCAUAAUACAAAU